UGUGCAGGCGAGUCAAAGACCUUUCACAUUGGGUCUCCACCCACAGUGGAACUUGAUGUUUGGUUCUGACUGUCCUUACUAUCUUGGGCGGACGUUGUAUAUAAGAAACGGGUGGUGUUGGCUUUGUUUCUGUGGGCUGCUGUCCACUGUAGCGCUGUAAACUGAGGAGAUCCUUGUAGAGUAAGGAGGACAGGGCAAGGUGGGGUGAGGGACAUGGCAUCCCUUCUGAUGCGUAUCUUUCGUUUGGGCCCAGAGAAGAAGAGGGUGAAGCAUUAUGAGAACCUCCGGAGAGACGUGGACCCUCGAGAGACCUGGGACACCCAGGGGGAGCUGGGAGACGGGGCCUUUGGGAAGGUCUACAAGGCCCAGCACCACACCACUGGGGCCCUGACUGCUGCUAAAGUGAUGGAGGUACGCAACGAGGAGCAGCUUGACGACUAUAUCACCGAGAUCGACAUCCUGGCAGCCUGCCGCCAUAACAACAUCCUUGGGUUGUUGGACGCCAUCUUCUUUGAGGGUUGGCUGUGGAUCCUGGUUGAGUUCUGCCCAGGGGGGGCCUUGGAUGACAUCAUGUUAGAGCUGGAGCGGGGCCUGUCUGAGCAGCAGAUCAGUGAGGUAUGCUGUCAGACCCUGCAGGCUCUGUGCUACCUCCACCAGCACCACAUCAUCCAUAGAGACCUGAAGGCAGGCAACAUCCUCCUCACCAUGGAGGGACACGUCAAACUGGCCGACUUCGGAGUGUCUGCCAAAAACAUACACACCCUCCAGAAAAGAGCCACUUUCAUUGGAACCCCUUACUGGAUGGCUCCAGAGGUGAUCCAGUGUGAGACCUCCAAGGAGAACCCGUAUGGCCCCAAGGCGGACGUCUGGUCCCUGGGCGUGACGCUGAUCGAGGCUGCAGAGAUGGAGCCCCCUCACCACUCACUCAACCCUAUGAGGGUCCUGCUCAAGAUCACCAAGUCCCCCCCACCCACCCUCAGCAACCCACGCCUCUGGUCCUCCCAUUUCCAGGACUUCCUGCGGAGAGCGCUGCAGAAGAACCCUGAGGCCCGGUGGGGAGCCCAGCAGCUCCUGGCACACCCCUUCCCCUGCGCUGGACGGGAUGGUCGAGCCCUGAAGGAACUCAUCGCCGAGGCCAAGGCAGAGGUGAUGGAGGAGACAGCGUCCCUGAUCGACCAUGGGGGCUCUCUAGACGAGGACACGAUUGUGGGGUCGGAUGGAGGGACUGCCCAGUCUGAGAAGGGGCAGGAAGAAGAGACAAUGCAGGUACCAGAGAAACCUCAGGAGGGCCCAUCUAUCAUACAGGCUGGUAUGAGUCCACCACCACCUCCACCCAACCCUGACCCAGUCUCUUCCUCCACCCCAGUGAAAGAUGGGGGCACCGCUGGGACCAGGGUGGAGACUCCCAACACGGACAGGGCCAGAAAGUUGGCCAGGCGUCUGUCGGUCUGGGAGCCAGGGACCUUUCUCUCCUUUCUGACCACCGGGUCUCGGCGCUGCAAGUCCGGUCUCUGGGGAGACACACCCUCAAUUCCAGCCAAUCAGACCCAACAGAACAAGGAGGACAGUCCCACUGGCCAAUCAGAAGAGCAGGAAGUGACACAUCCAGCAGGAGAGAGAGAUGCAGGGGAUGCAGAGAAGGAUCUGUGUGAGAAUGUUGGGAGGGGCAGCUUGGAGGGAGGGAUCACUCAACCCAUCCCUGAAACAAAUGACACAGGAGAUGAUGCAGAAGAAAAGGUUGAGGGGCAGAAAAAAGAGAAGGAUGAAAUUUCAAAUGACUGUGAGGCCCAAGACCUUGACCUGGAAGUGGUUUCUUCUUCUGAACAGGAAAUAGUAGGCAUCCACACUGAUAUGAACCAAAACAGUACCAAUGACUCUGUUGGUGAUGCACUUGACUCAGACAAUAAAAAACCAAUUACUGAGGCUCAAUGUUCAGUUAAGGAAAUUGGUAUCCUUAAAUCAGAAACAAAUAAUGAUACUAAGCAUAGGGUAGAAGAAGCUCCUCGCCAGUUAGUGCACAAACAAAGUCCACUGGUUAGAGCCUUGUCUUUGGAAAUGCCCCGCCCAUCCACAAAAGAGAGAGGAGAAACCCAGCACUCACUGCUAGACUUUCUGGAUCUCUCCACUCAUAACCACUUCAAGCUGGCAACCAGUGGGAAGGCUGAGGAAGAGACAAAACAGAGCAAAGACGAGAUGACGGAAGGGACCAAGGAGGAAAUACAAAAGGAGAGGGGAGAGGAGGAGCAGGAGCAGGACAAGGAUGAGAAGAUUUUAGAAGAGAAUGAACUACAUGCUAAGAGAGAUGAAGAGGCAGAGCACGAGGGGAGUAUGGUAGAAGAAAGGGAUAAGAUGCAGAUAAAUAAAGAAGGAAUACAAGACAAGACAUAUGUAGAAGAAGAACAGGAGGUCAAGGUGGAGUUAAAGAGAAGCAAGCGAGAGACAAGCAACUGUUCAGACAUUGAGAAAACUCCAGACAAAGGAAUGGACUUAAAAGAACAUGAAGCAAGUCCUGAAAUGGAGGACGGAGAAUCUAAGAGUGAUAUUGAAGAGACUGUACAAUCAGAACAAACAGGAGAAAUACAGACUGAAACAGAGAAGCAAAGAAGUGAAUCAACAAUGGAAGUUGAGACCAGUGAAAAGGAGAAGAGUUUGAGGGCAGACACAGAAGAUAAAAUCCUUGAUAUCAAAGUGACUGAAUGUGAAAAUGUAGAGAGAGCAGAGGACAGAACAGUGGGAAAAGAUGAACAGAGUAAAGAGGAGGACCUGGGAUUAGAAAGUGAUGACAUUGUGAUUAUCCAAGCACAAGAAUCCAAUAUGAUCAUAAAGCAGGAACUGAAAGAAGAGAGAAACAAACAAGAAGACAGUAAGGGAGAAGAGAAGAUGACUGACCCCCCAACUGGAGAACCUAUGAUGAGGGUAAACUUGACCUUGGAGUCAAAUAGUGGGAGGGAGGAAGGAGGGAAAGAGGAAAGAGGGAAGAAGCUGGAGGAAGGAGGUAAGGAGGAGGACGCAGGUCAGACCCAAUUAAACAUAUUGACCGAACAGAGCUCAACUAGAUCUCAGGGAACAGCUACAGACACAGUACACCUGAACUCAGCAUCAAAUGGAAACUGGCACCAAGUGACAGACAAUAAACCCAAGAUGUCUGCCAUUGAUGACCAAGCUGACAUGACAAAGAAAGACAACUCAACAAUGACAGUCUCAACCAUGUCAAGACCUGUAGAGGAGUUGAUCCAUAACAGGAAGACGGUCAAAAGGACCCGGAAGUUCAUGGUGGAUGGCCGAGAGGUCAGCGUCACCACGUCAAAGGUCCUGAAAGAGACCGAUGGGAAAGAGCGGCGCAUGCGGUCUGCCAGGCGCCAGGAGCUGCAGGCUUUAAAGCUCCUUCAGAGGGAGGAGCAGAGAGAGUACUCCCAGAUGGAGCAGCGGCUGCAGCAACAGAGAGAGAUGAUGUUCCGACAGAUCGCCCAGGAGAUGACAAGCAAGAAGCAGUAUUACGACGGUGAGCUGGAGCGGGUAGAAAAGCAGUAUGUUCAGCAGAGCAGCCGCAUGGAGACAGAGCACACAGCCAGGCUCAGAGAGGACGCACGCAGACUCAAGAGCCAGCAGGAGCGAGAGCUGAACCGCAAGGCUGCUGUACUGAAGGCUCAACCCAGAGAAGAGGCGCGUUACUUGCAGAAGCAGCAGCAGGAGCUCAAUGAGACGCUCCAGAAAGGAGUCCAGGAACACAAGAGGAAGGUGGCCUCUAUGGAGUGGGAUAUCACUGUCAAGACCCAGCAGCUUAAGAGAGCCCGGGAAUCAGUCAUUUGGGAGAUGGAGCAACGUCAUCUGCAGGAGAAGUACCACCUCUUCAAGCAGCAGGUGAAGGAGCAGUAUUCACUGCAAAGACAACAGCUUACCAAGAGGCACAGCAAAGAUACAGACAGGGCGUCCCAGUUCCAUCGGGCAUUGCUGGAUGAGCAGAGGGCCCAACAGGCCCAGGAGAGGACCCAGCUCCAGCGAGCCCAGCGCACCGAGGCCAAGGCCAGGCUGGCCCACUUCAAGCAAGAGUUGAAGACACUGGGCCUGAGUGGGCAAGAGCACAGGCAGCGCCUCACACUGUUUAUGUCGGAGGAGGAGGGCAUUCAGCGAGCUGAGAGACAGAGUUUGCAGCAGGUCCAUGAGGGCCAGCUAAGGGAGGUGCAGGAGCAGUGUGACGGCAACAUGACUGAACUCCAGGAGCUGCAGAAUGAGAAACUGCAGCUGUUAGUUGAUAUGGAGAAGAAGAAGAUUCGGAGACUGGAGGAUGAACACACUCUAGAGCUGAACGAGUGGAAAGACAAGCUGGCCUGCAGGAAAGAGGUGUUGGAGGAAGACCUGGCUCGCCGGAGGAGAGAGAAGGAGGGAGCGAAGAGACGGGGGAGUGAACCUGAGUCCCGGUUUGCACCUCGACGCUCACGAUUCUUCUCAAGCCUCAACUUCUCUUAACUGACCACGACCAAAAGAGAAAACAAUCCUGAAAAAUCUAACUGCGUUUUAUAUCAGACACACACUCUUACAGGGAACUCACAUACGUGUAUAUAAACAACAUACUAUUAUUUUACUCUGACAGUGCCUGACAUUUUUUAAAGGACCUAAACUCAUUAUACAGAGGAGUGAGUAUAAGAGGAAUUACUGACAAUAUUUUUUAUUCUUGUCAAAUAUUGUAUAUGCCUCUCUUGCAAGAGAAUAGAGGACAUGUUUGUAAAUAUUUCAAUAGUUGACCACUGAAGGAUGUGUAGCAAGCUACUUUAGUAUGUGUUCUUUCAAACACUGUUGUGGGGCAGACAUUUUCCUUAUAUUAUUUUGAACCUAAUGUUUGCAAUAAAUUACAAAUGUUGGUCAUCAUCUA